AUGGGCGCUGAUAUCCCCAGAACCCAAACCGCCGCCGUUGUGUCCACCCUUGGCGGCAGCGUCGAGUUCAAAGAUGACUACCCGGUUCCAGUGCCAGGACGCAAUGAAGUCCUAGCCAAGGUGUUAUAUACAGGUGUUUGUCAAAGCGACCUGCACACAAAAUCUGGUACCGCAGCCAGCGCCUCCGGGACCCCCAUCACCAACAUCAAGCUGCCGCAUGUAGGGGGCCACGAGGGCGUCGGGCGCAUCGUGGCUUUGGGCCCGGAUAUCACGCACAACGCCGGACUCAGGAUUGGCGGACUAGUAGGCAUCCGCUUUGCAAGCCGGAUCUGCCGGUGCUGCGAGUUCUGUCUUGCGGGGACCGAGCAGUACUGCGUGGCCAGCACGAACCACCUGCACCAUGAGGAUGGGUGUUUCCAGGAGUAUAUCGCGCUGGAUGCGGAUUAUUUGACCUUGUUGCCGGAUGAUGUUGAUCCUGUUGUUAUCGGGCCGGUGCUUUGUGCUGGGGUUACGGCCUAUAAAGCAGUACUGAACACGAACGUCAAGCCCGGGAGCUGGGUGGUGGUUGUUGGGGCUGGCGGGGGCCUUGGGCAUCUGGCAGUGCAAUAUGCCCGAGCUCAGGGUGCCCUCGUCAUCGGCGUGGACACCGGCCCUGGCAGACGCGAGUUCGUCCGCGGACUCGGCGCGCACGAAUUCAUCGAUUUCGCAACCGAGGAUCCCGUCCAGAGGGUACAUGAACUCACUGGACUGGGAGCUCAUGCAGUGGUCGUGACUGCCGGCAGUGCCAGGGCGUUUGCAAAUGCCUGCGACAUGUUGCGGGUAGGAGGCUGUCUGAGCUGUGUAGGGAUUCCACCGGGACGGCCCUGUCUGGAGACGCCGAUCAGCACGAUUGUAAUUAAGGGGCUGAGAAUCACGGGGAAUCUGGUUGGGUCGUUGAAGGAGUGUAUGGAAGCUGUUGAUUUGACACGGCGGGGGAUUGUGAAGCCCGUUGUCGAGGUUCGGCCUUUUAGAGACUUGCCCAGGGUGUAUGAGGAGAUGGAAAGGGGAGACAUUGCAGGAAGAGUGGUCCUGCAGGUUGGCAGUGAAUGA